UCUAAGGAUGGAGAAGGAAAACCAUGGACAUUUCUAGGUACUGAGAGUGAAAACCAGGGACAUUUUUUAGGGACCGAGAAAGAAAACAAUGGAGUCUGGACAUUUCUAGGGACCGAGAAUGAAAACCAUGACAAUCAUUUCUAGGCACUGAGAGAGAUUGAAAACCAUGGGCAUUUCUAUGGACUGAGAGUGAAAACAAGGGAUAUUUUUUAGGGACCGAGAAAGAAAAUGGUGGAGUCUGGACAUUUCUAGGGAAUAAAAACUAGGGACAUUUCUAGGGACUGAGAGAGAGUGAAAACCAGGUACAUUUCUAGGAACUGAGAGUGAAAACCAGGGACAUUUUCUAGGGACCAAGAAAGAAAAUGAUAGAGUCUGGACAUUUCUAGGGACCGAGAAUGAAAACCAUGACAAUCUCCAUGGACAUUUCUAGGGACAGAGAAGGAAACCCAUGGACAUUUCUAGGGACUGAGAGUGAAAACCAGGGACAUUUUUUAGGGACUGAGAAAGAAAACGAUGGAGUCUGGAACAUUACUAGGGACCGAGAAUGAAAACCAUCACAAUCUCCAUGGACAUUUCUAGGGACUGACACUGAAAACCAGGGACAUUUCUAGGGACUGAGAAUAAAAACCAUGACAAUCUCUAGGGACCGAGAAAGAAAACCAGAGAUAUCCCAUAAGUCCCUGACCAUAUGAAUUAGAAACAGUUGGAUCUCCAUGAGGAAUGCACAGCUUUAAGCCGGCUGGGCAAGAUAUGUGUACACUCCAAAACCGGCACGUUCUCCUUGUUGUCCCUCCCCCAUGUGGGGCCCCUGGGAGUGAUGGGACCGUGACAUUGUGCUUAGCUAAGACAUUCCAAUGCCAGGGCACCGGCUGUCACACCGCGGCCACUGCUAUGACUCCAUAAUAUCACACACCCUCCCACUCUGUGACUCACACUUUAGCCUACAGAGCGGAAGGAGAUGAACUUGAAACUCUAGAAUGGAAACUACAUUUCCCAGCAUGCACCGCUCUGGUUACCAGGAAGAACAACAAAGAUUCGAGUAAACUUUCAGAAUGGACAGGUCAAACCCUAGCUCUAGAAGAAGAGGUGCUCGUGGGAAAAAUCAGGAUCCAGAUGUGCGUUUAUCAAAGCUUCUAUCAUACACAUUGAGACAUGGCGCGGUUAAUCUAGGACUUCCCAUAGGAUCAGAUGGAUUUGUCCCUGUCUCCUCCCUUCUCCUUCUCCCUCAGUUUCGUUCCUUUUCCCAGAUUGACAUUGAGAGGGUGGUAAGCUGCAAUGAUAAACAGCGCUUUACAUUACGCCAUUCUGAUGCUGAAGGUGCCCUGGAAAUUCGUGCCAAUCAAGGGCACUCCUUACAGGUGGAGGUUGAACUGACACCACUAGGGGAAGAGCUUCCCAAUCAAGCCAUUCAUGGUACUUACCUCCGUUACUGGCCUUCAAUCCAGCAGCGUGGCCUUUCUCGGAUGAAUCGUACUCAUAUCCACCUUUGUACUGAGCUCCCAGGAGAAGGCCGAGAGUGUAUCAGUGGAAUGCGCAGGGACUGUGAAGUGGCCAUAUUUAUAGACCUUCCAAGAGCUUUGGAAGAUGGACUUCUUUUCUUUUGGUCUUCAAACCGUGUCCUCCUCACACCAGGGAAUGCAGAUGGUCUUCUUCUUCCUAAAUAUUUCCUGCAAGCCCUGCAGCUUCGACCUCAAAGACAAGUUAUUCCAUUGGAGUAUUCAAGAAGCAAAGACUUCUAAUAUGGGUGUAUUGGUUAUGUAAAGUGGUUGUUUACCUUCCUAAACUGUUUUCAAUUCAGCUGAUUUUAGAUAGUUCACCAGAAAUAAUAUUUACAUCACUUUCUAUUUGUGAUUUUUUUCCAAUAUUGAAGUUUAAAGUUUCAUUUGUCACCUUAAAUGAUACAUUAGUUGAUAUAUUUUUUAACUUUGGCCCUGAGUUUCAUUAAAGGCAGCUGUUAUAAUUGUUACAAUAGUUGUUAAUAGUCCACAGUUGCUGCUGAGAAAUCAACUAAUGUAGCAAAUUGUAACACAGGGAUCCCCCCAAACAGGCAACGUGUUGUUGUUUAUUGUUUAAUUGGCUUGGAGGCAAGUGAUGGUUGCAUAAAAACCAGGUGUACUGCCUGUCAGCUGACUUUCCACACAUGGGCAACAGAAUGGCCAAUCACAGCACUUAUUUUGCACCACCCAGGAACAUUUUUCAUGCUUGCGUCCCUCCCCAACUCUUUUUACAUCUUAUUAUUGCUCAUGGGUAAAAAAAAGUUGG